AUGAAUAAUGGGUAUCAAGGGUUCCAUAUACAGGCAAAAGUUCGUCUCACCUGGCCUCCUAGUCACAGAAGCAGGGAAGAGGAAAAACUAUUUUUCACUUCAGGUAACUAGUGUGAGAGUAGCCCCAGAAGCAGUUGUGCAUGUGUGUGUAUCGAGGGGUGUGUGUCUUUUUUUAGGCAGGUGGGGCUGUGAUGUAACACUCUCUUCUUGCGUAAACUGAUUUUCCUCCAGUUGAUGCAUAGUGGCAGUGAUCCAGUGGAGGUGAAUGGGGCCUAUUUCCUCAUGGAAGUGAAGGUGAUUGGAGUUUAUUGUGUGACUAUUUUGUGUCCAAGAUCUUACUGAGAUUUGAAAGCCUGAUAUGAUGUGCACUCAAAACCGAGUUCAUUGGAUUUUCCCACCACCAUACCUGGAGGCACCACCCAGACACCUAUUAAUGGCCCAGCAAUUCCUCCUGAACUCUCCCUUUUCUCUGCUGAAACAGAGAAGGGGGGUGGGGUCAAGAAGCUGCUGGAGAAUCACGGGAAUGGCCCUCUCUGGCUGCAAGAAGCUCCUUCCGUAUCCCGGUCUCAAAGAACACACAAGAUCAUGAGAACUGAGUUUCUUGGGUUUUUCCCCACCACACCUGGUGGCACCACUUGAGCAUCUACUGAUGGCCCAUCACCACCUCCUGAACCCCCCUUCCUCGUGCUCCCCAGCUAUCCCCAGUGUUUGUUUCUAGAACAGUAGCUACCUGAAUGUCCCUAAGGAUGUGGCAUAAUUUUCUUUCUCCUUCUCUCUCUCUCCCCUCAUCUUCAGUUUUUUCAGUAUCAUCAAUGCCUUAUUUCAAAUACAAGGGGAUCCCAUUUUCUCCAGAGUUUUUUUCAGAGGAAACACUCAGCUACGUGGAAAACGACUUCCAACUGUUGGAUGAUGAUAUAGUGAAUCUCACUUACCCCAAGUCAGGUCAGUGUUCCAAUUAGAAAAAUUGAUUUUGGAUUUAGUGGACAAAGUGCUAAACCUGCCAGCCAUAAGUUUGCUAUUGACAUAAGUCAUGAACAACCACCAUGUAGCUGGAUAGUCCCUGGAAACCCAUGAAAAAUGAAUGAGUUUUUCAGAUACAGUCAUAGCUUGGAUCCUGAACAUCUUGGAAGCUGACUUUCUGGCUCCCGAACGAUCGAAAUCUGGAAGUGAAUGUUCCAGUAUUCGAACGUUGGUUUUUUUAGGAUGCCAAACAUGUAGUAAAGCUUCUACUAUUCUUUAUGAAACGCCUGCACAAUCGGAAACCAAUUGACAGCUACUCCUUGGUUUCCAUAAAUGGACUUCCGGAACGGUUUCCUUUCAAUUUACGAGGUACAACUGUAUUGCAAUAUAUAUGACCAUCUUAAACCAGUUCUCCAUUCCUGGAUAACAAUUACUUAAAUUAUAAGACAUUUACAAAUGAAGGAAGAUGGACAGCAAAUAAGUUGAAUAUCUCAAAAGAACUGUCCACUCCAUGUGAAAGUUACAUGUUUUUCACUUUCUGAACUACACAAAGUGAAACACAGGCAAUUCCUGAUUUUUGCAAUGUGCUUCUUCAGCUAAGUAAUGUGUACAAAAAUGCAUAUAAGUGUGCAUAAAAUGCAUACUUUAGUGGGGGAAAGCAUAGAAAUGCAUUAUAUUGGGGAAAUGCUUUGUAAAAAUGUGCAAGAAAUUUCACAAACUGAGCGCUCGUGAGCUGGACUGAGAAUAUUCCCAGGAGAAUCUUAUAUGCUAUGGCAUGCUUCUGUCAUGUCACUUGGAAGGCUGUCAGUGCUGGAUAUGGGUGGUGUGGGUGGUUCCCUUGCAAAGGGGCCCAAGCCGUGGGGGUUCAUAAUCAUAAUCACAAUCAAAUCUAUACUUAUAUGGUUACCUAAUGAUAUUUAUUAAAAAAGAAACUGUACCUAAAUAUAUUAUGGUGAAAAUAUAUUGGGGAGGUGAGGGGGAAAUUUUGUCCUUGCUCAGGACACCAUAUUACCAAAGUCUAUCUCUGAUGCUGUGUCAGGAUAACCAUCUCUACCGCUUGAUUGUAUAUAGACGAAUAAGCCACCUUUCUGGUAUAGUCAUUUUCCAAAAAUCCUCAUAAUUAACACCCAGUUAAUUUAAUAAUUGAAUUAAAACAACAUGGAUUGACAAGGGCACAGCAAGGUGACUGUCCACCAGGAUAAAGAUUCUGUGAAUACCCACAACGCAGGAGCUAAAUCCUAGGGCUAGGAAGUCGAUAGUAAAGCUACUUAGCAGGAGAAUUCAAGGAACCACAGGAAUCUAGACUAAGAGCCCCACAAGUACAUCACAAAUCUAGCAAGCAGGUAAGUCAAUGGGUAACUAAGUUAAAAGAAGCAAAUUAUCAAGACCAGCAGGGGUGUGGGGUUUUUGCAUUGUUUUGCACCCUCUGCCUUUUGUAUGAAUAUCUCCCCAUGUGUAUGUCAGAAGUGCCAUGAGUUUCAGGCUCUCAGGGAACAAGUUCCUUCCCUUGAAGCCAAGGUUGCAGAACUAGAAAGUGUAGGAGGCAGAGUAAGUGGCCAAGGAGACCUUCAGGGAUGUGGUAGCUGGGUGGCCCUCCCACAAUGACAGUUCUCCUGCCCUCAGGAAGAAGGGAGGUCCUGAGAAAGGGGAACAUCACUUUGAAGAAGAGGGAGGCAUUCCCUUAGAAAGGACCCGUUUCUUGGGAGUUGGUAUUGGGACCUGUGCUUUUGUAACUUGUUCAUAAAUGAUCAAGUAGUGAGGUGACCAGGUUUGCUGACCCUAAAAAUAGAUGGUCAGUAAAAUGGUGAAUGAAUUUAAUGUAAACAAGUGUGAAGUGAUGCAUAAUGGAGCAAAACAUCUCAAUUUCCCGUACACGCUCAUGGGGUGUGAAGUGGAGGUGAUGCAGCAAGAGCGAGACAUUGGAGUAAUCUUCAAUAGCUCAAGGAAGAUGUUCAUCCAGUGUGCAGUGGUUGUGAGAAAAGCAGAUUCCAUGCUGGGGAACACUAGGAACGGAAUGAACACAAAACUGCUGCUAAGAUAAUGCUUCUCUCUAGCUUCCCACAGGCUUCUGGGAGAAACAGGAUGCCAGACUCAAUGGGUCAUUGGCGUCAUCCAGAAGGCUAUUCUUCUGUUCUCACUUGUGCCACACUCAACGAAAAAUAUAGUCAGUUUCACCAUGGUAAACCGUUCCAGAAUUUUGGGGUCUUGCCCCAUAGGAGUGUGCUGAAUAGCUAGAAGAGGAAGAAAAUUCAUUGAAAUUCUUAUGUUUGUCUAAUUGCUUUUCAAGGGCCAGGUAUUAAUGCACAAUGACUGACUGGUGGAUUUCCUCCUAGGUACUCAUUGGAUGUCGGAGAUCUUGAGCUUAAUCCAGAGUCAAGGGGACCCCUCAUGGGUUCAGAAUGUACCACUGUGGGAAAGGGCACCCUGGAUUGAGCUGGAUGAUAACUUGCAGAUUGCCUUGAAAAAUCCUCCCCCCAGGCUCCUGGCUACUCAUCUGCCAUUCCAGCUUUUCCCCAAGUCCUUCCUCCACUCCAAGGCCAAAGUAAGAGAGGAACAAUGGACACAUCAAGACUGCCUUUGACUUAUGUCUUUUUGAGACACAGAUGUGGGGGAUUCUGGAACACUUGACACAGCCUGUUUACAGGAGGAUGCCAUUUUCUGUACUAGAGAAUGGGGAAAAAUACUGGGAAUCUCCUUAGCAGUUUCCUGAUUGUGGAAGAACUUUAAGUGUACAUGGUCCACAUGCAUGGUUAGCCAAGGUCCUCACUGGAGGUUUCCCCUGUUCCCAUGUCAGGUUUUAUUUAUCAUGCCUUCAGUUUGCUGCCACACUCUGCCUAUUGAUAGUGUUGGGCUGCCUGGGCCCUCCUUCAAUAUAGCUCUUCCUCUGGGGUGGGGAUUGGUUUUGUUUUGGUAUAAUUUUGUUUUGUUUUGUUUUGCUAUUCUAUUUUGUAAAUGGAGGCUAGUAUGAGGCUUGGGAUUGCUACCGUGGAGGGGCGAGGGAGGUAUGGCGGUGGGGGCAGAUGUCAUAGGCGAAGGGGAUCGGGAUACGGAUAUGCUCCUACCCCUUCCAAUCUGCGCCCCAUCCCUAGGGACGAGGGUAGGGUGAGCAAGGAUUACUCACCUCCGUCACUGCUGUUGUGCCAGGUCUACAGGCAACAAAACCGCCACCCUGCGAUAUUUCCUUACCUCGCAGGGGGUCGACCUGGCUUGUGUGACGGAGACCUGGGUGCGUGAAGGGGAAACUGUUACUUUACGAGAGAUGGCGCCCCUGGGUUUCUCCGUCCUCCACCAGUCCUGGACUGUGGGCCGGGUGGGGAGGGGUGGUAUUAUUAAUCCAGAAAGAUUGUUCUUUCAGGGCUCUACCAUUGCCAUCGAUCCCCGGCAUUGAAUGUGUUGGCCUAGUGUGGGGCUCCGAGGUGAGCUUGGCUGUCUGGCUGGUGUACCGGCCACCUAGCGCACCAGCAGCCACCCUAUCAGGCCUGCUGGAGGCGGUGGCCGGCUGGCUCUUGGAGUUCCCUAACCUAUUGGUAUUGGGGGACUUCAACAUCCAUGCUGAUGCCACUCCCUCCUCACAGGCUCAGGACCUGGUGUCUUCCAUGGCGACACUAGGGCUUUCCCAGUUUGUUUCAGGUCCCACACAUCAAGCAGGCCACACGCUGGAUUUGAUCUUUGGCGUCAGUAUAGAUGUGAUCAUGUCUCCUUCGAUGAAGGUGCCAUGGUCUGAUCACUACACUCUGAAAGCCAGGACUGACUUUCCACCCCCACCCUGCUUAGGUGGCGAGCCGAUUUGGGCUUACCCGCAGAGGCUGAUGGACCCUGAUAGAUUCCGCCAAGCCUUGCAGGACCUUGCUCCCCCUGACGACUCAUUGACUGAGCUUGUUGAGGGCUGGAAUAUCCAGCUCCUGGCAGCCAUCGAUGAGAUUGCACCUAAGCGCCCUCUGCGACCCCGCAGAAACCGGGCUCCCUGGUUUACCGAGGAGCUUUGGAAAAUGAAGCGGGACCUCAGACGGCUAGAGCGAGUAUGGCAGGGUGCCCGUGACGGAGCCUCAAGAACAUCUUAUAGGGUUUUUAUGAAAACCUAUGAAAUGGCAGUGAAGGCCACUAAGAAGUCUUACUUCUCGGCCACCAUUGCAUUCGCUAGCUCUCGCCCGGCGCAAUUAUUUAGUAUAAUUAGGUCUUCAACGUCCCUUGAGGGACAGCCAAAUUUAAAUAAUAAUUUGACACACAGCUGUGAGGCAUUUGCAAGCUUUUUUUGCAGAGAAGGUCCUGCUGCUCCGCCAUGACCUCCCUGCCCAUUUGGAUACAAUAAAAGAACUGGAGGCCCCUCGACUGUCCUUGGGUCCAGUACUGGACCACUUUGACCGGAUAUCCCCAGCCGAUGUGGACAGACUCCUUUGAGCUGGAAAGCCCACCACCUGUCCUCUCGACCCGUGCCCGUCUUGGCUGAUUAGAGCGUGUCCAGACGAGGUGCGGGCCCCCCUGGGGGAUAUCAUCAAUUUGUCCCUUGGCACCGGGACAUUCCCAGGGGAACGAAAGAAGGCAGUGGUGCGCCCGCUCUUAAAGAAAACAUCAUUAGAUCCCUUGUUGUUGUUUGUUUAGUCGUUUAGUUUUGUCCGACUCUUUGUGACCCCAUGGACCAGAGCACGCCAGGCUCUCCUGUCUUCCACUGCCUCCUGCAGUUUGGCCAGACUCAUGUUUGUAGCUUCGAGAACACCGUCCAACAAUCUCGUCCUCUGUCGUCCCCUUCUCCUUGUGCCCGCCAUCUUUCCCAAAUUAGAUCCCUUAGAUCUAUCCAAUUAUCGCCCGGUUUUGAAUCUUGCAUUCCUGGGUAAGGUGAUUGAGAGAGCGGUUGCUGAACAGCUUGGAGGGUUUCUGGAUGAAACAUCGGCUCUGGAUCCAUUCCAGUCCAGCUUCCACGCUGGUCAUGGGACUGAGACGGCUCUGGUCACCCUAACAGAUUAUCUCCGCAGGCAGCUGGAUCGAGGCGGGUCGGGGCUGCUGAUUCUUCUAGACCUGUCAGCAGCCUUCGACAUGGUCGAUCACGAACUCCUGGACUUCCGCCUUGCUGACGUGGGGAUCCAGGGCACAGUCCUUCAAUGGCUGUGCUCGUUUCUCUCUGGUCGGGGACAGAGGGUGGCGCUUGGGGGGGGAAUUGUCAUCGCGCCGCUCCUUGGUGUGUGGAGUGCCUCAGGGUGCGAUACUAUCCCCCAUGCAUUUUAACAUCUUUAUGCGCCCCCUCACCCAGCUUGUCCGGAGUUUUAGGCUGGGCUGCCAUCAGUAUGCUGAUCACACCCAACUCUAUCUGUUGAUGGAUGGCCAUCCUGACUCGGCCCCAGACACACUGACCAGAUGUUUGAAAGCUGUGGCUGGAUGGUUACGUGGGAGCCGGUUGAAGUUAAAUCCUUCGAAGACAGAGGUCCUCUGGCUGGGACGGGACGAUAUGGGAUUGAGGGGGCAACUCCCAUCUCUUGCGGGGGUGCAAUUGGUGCCAGCACCGUCCGUUAAGAGUUUGGGUGAAAUCUUCGAUACCUCCCUCUCCAUGGAGGCGCAGAUUACAGCUAUAACAAAGGCGGCAUUUUUUCACCUCAGCCAAGCUAAGCAGUUGGCUCCUUACCUCUCUCGCCCUGACCUAGCCACUGUGAUCCACGCGACGGUCACCUCCAGACUGGAUUAUUGUAACUCGCUCUACAUGGGGCUGCCCUUGAGACUGACCCAGAAACUCCAGCGGGUGCAGAAUGCCGCGGCGAGACUCCUUAUGGGGUCUUCGCUGCGAGAUCACAUUCAUCCGGUACUAUACCAGCUGCACUGGCUCCCGGUGGAGUACAGGAUCAGGUUUAAGGUGCUGGUUUUAACCUUUAAAGCCCUAUACGGCCUAGGACCCUCGUACCUACGGGACCGCCUCUCCUGGUAUGCCCCACAGAGGAACCUAUGGUCUGCAAAUAAAAACAUCCUGAAGGUCCCAGGCCUCAGAGAGGUUAGGCUGGCCUCGACUAGAGCCAGGGCUUUCUCGGCUGCGGCUCCAAUCUGGUGGAACGCUCUGUCACAAGAGACUGGGGCCCUGCGGGACCUGACAUCUUUCUGCAGGGCCUGCAAGACAGAGCUGUUCCACCAGGCCUUUGGUCAGGGCACAGCCUGACUCCCUCCUUUGGCAAUCUUCACAGAACUUUAGCUUAAUGGUUGCCAUCAAUUUGAUUUUAAUUAAUUUUUAUAAUGAAAUGUUUUUAGAAUGUUGCACUAUUUUAUUGUUGUUAGCCGCCCUGAGCCCGGCUUCGGCUGGGGAGGGCGGGGUAUAAAUAAAAUUUAUUAUUAUUAUAUUAUUACUACAGGUAGUCUAUACUCUGCGUAACCCCAGAGAUGCUAUGGUUUCAAGCUACCACUUCAUCAAAGGCUUUAAAGUAUUGAAAGACCCUGGAACUGUGGAAGAGUUCAUGGAGAGAUUCCUGAGAGGGGAAAGUAUGGAAGGAGGCAAAUCAGCCACUCUUGUUUGCUGUGACUCAGCACCAGUGAUGUCCACCACCAGAAAACAUUUAUUUUUAGCUAACUCUACAGUUCUAUCAGAAAACUAUAAUUCCCAGUUGGAUUCAUGGAGAAGGGCAGAAAUGUGGCAAAGUCCUACAUUUGUCAUUUGCUUUCAAAGAAAAUCAAUAAAUGUCCUUUCAAAUGGACGAGAUUGGCACUAA